AUGCAUGCCCUCCUCCUCUUGCCCGUCGGCCUUUUCUUCCUCCUCCUCCUCCUACUCCUCCUCCUCCCUCUCCUUCCUCCACCAUCUAUGAGUCAUCUGAUCUUAAAUGUGCGAGGCUUCAUCAUCUUCCUUGCCAAGCGAGCAACUUGUUCCAACUACUCGCAACCAUGGAGACUUAAUCAAAUCGUGCACCUUUCACAUCAACCGCAGCAUCCAUCCAUCAUUGGUUGUGGGAACAGCAGUAUGAGCGGUGACAUGUACAACGCCGGGUACUGCUGCAUCAGCAACAUCGACUACUCCUCAGUGUGCAUCAGCACCAUGAGCGCCAGGUACGCCGACUGUCCCGGAAUGAGCUGGCGACUCGCCUUCCCCGAUGCGUCCUAGAACGUUGUUUUAGAGAAGGCCACGCUGGAUGCUAUCAUGGUGGAGGAGAAGAGCCCCUGGGAAGUGUCCCCUCAGACUGCCCGUUUCAUUCACGGGGCGCUCACUGAGAUCAGCCGCAGCUUGAAGCCCAGAGGACUUUUUGUUUCGGUGACCUUUGCCCAGCCCUUCUUCAGAAAGCACCUGUACGCACGCAGCGAGUACAACUGGUCCAUCCAACAGUACAGUUACGGCGACGGCUUUGAGUAUUUCGUGUAUGUUAUGACCAAAGGAAAGGCGCUCAGUGCGGAAGAUGCAGCUCUGGAAAAGAAGCUAGCAGCAAAUCUCAACCUGCACAAAUCAUCACAACAAUAAACUGUGAUCACGAAGACUUCCUGUUUCAGAUUGACUUAUAGUUGGACAAUAAUUAUAUAGAUACUGACUCUGCUACCUCUUAGGUUGGCAUUGUUAUUUUAACUAAGCCUUUAAAUUUGAAGAAUUACCUCUAUCAUACAGUUUAACCUCUCCUUUUUUAAGAACUGAUUUUGCAAUAUUUUAGCAUUUUUAAAAUAUUUCUAGGACACAUUUUAUGUACCUCUAUUCUUUUAUACCAGUGUUUCCCAAGCUUUGUUGAGCCAUGGCCCACCACCAAACAAAAAUCUAAAUCACAAAGUAAACUAUACGAUACUGAAAUAAUUAUGAUUUGGUCUUCAUUUACUCUCAGAUUUACUUAGUAUAAAAUCUGGCCCUUUUUAGUUGAACAUAAAAUAUUCUGUUGUAUAAAAGGCAAAAGGUUAGGUCAAUUGUACUUUCUGGAAGAGCAUUUAAUUUUUCUGCCCGCCACUAUAUGUCACCAGCAUAGAUGAACAAAGAUAACAUUAUUUUGAGUAAAUAAUCAUUUUUCUGCAAAUAUUGAAAAAAGUCAAAUUCGAUCAUUUCCCAUGACACACAUUUGCUAUUCACAAUUCGCCUGUUGGCAUUUUUGUGCUCUCCCUGAAAUGCCUGGAAAUGCCACAAGAUGUUGCCAAAGCCUUGUCUAAAUAAGAAAAUAGUACAGUAAUUGGUCCAACUAAGUAUGUUGAAGUGAUAUACAGUACAGUAGAACCUGGAUAGAACGGACUAAUCGGGGCUGGAGGUUGUCCGAAAUAGCCGAUUGUCCAUUACAUUGAAGCACUUUUUUUUUUUGUUUUUGUGGCCUAAAACGCCCAGUACAGUACAAAGUUAUUGUAAAUAAAUAUCUAAAAAAGCUUGAAAAUGUUUGAAAGUUUCGCUUUUUAUCCGAACUUGUGUGCUUUGCCAGUGUGCUUUGUCAUGGUGACAUUGUUGACAUACAGUACUCAUCGUAGGCGAGUCACUUUCAG